UGCUGAUAAUCAGCGCUCAGUGUGAAGUCUAAAAUAGCAACAUUGCAUAGGGAGUGAAUGUAGUUGCUGAGGAGUGGGCAGGAUCCAUGCUUCACACACUAUCUAAUCUGCAGCCUGCAUGUUGAAACAUUCUGGAUGCUCACAGGACGUAACCACAGAAGCAAAUAUCUGUUUCACUGAAGUCUGACUUGAGUAUCAGGUGCCUGAAAGCUGCCAUAACAGGAGGAUGGAGGCAAAGUCAGACCCAGAGUCCGAGGCCCAGGGCACGUCUCUGGACACAUCGGGGUUCGAGGUAACCGCCGACCGGCUGGAGCAGCUGAUGAAGAGCAUGGAGGUACUGUUGUCGGAUGUGGAGCAGCUGCGGGGACACUGCAGCCACCAGGCCACUGAGCUGAUGCGUGCGGCGGUGGAGCUGAGGCAGCAGCAAGACGAGCUAAAGGAGGGUUACGCUGAGCUGUCCAGAGAGAUGCAGGAGAUCAUGGAUUCAGUGGACGACCUGUUCAGCACCAAGAGUGCCUUCGAAGCCAAAGAGAAGCAAGCACAGAAACUGAACCGGCAGCUCUGAGGGACAGAAAGUGACUGACGGACUUUGUUUCUCAUCGAGGAGAAAACUGUGAGGGGUGUGGUUUUGGAUUUGGAUGUGUGGGUCUGAAUUUGGAUGGGAUGGGUUUGGAGGUGGGGAGAGAUGCUGGGGUUUGCUUUAAUGAGAUUCUAAAUGGCAUUAUAUAACAUUUUUGUAGUGCAACCUUGUACUUUUUAGGUCUAUAUCUGACAGCCACGGUCACUGAAAAUAAGUUAGUAUAUUGCAGGAAUCUGUAUCAGUACACUUAGUCCAUUAACUAUAUCACAAUGCAUACAGCCUCAAAAAUAACCAGGAAGUUGAAUCAACACUCUCUGUUGUAGUUUUAAUAAAACGUGAACAUUAUGAACAAAGGUACAAUUUGUUGCAUUGCUUUCAUACUAGAUUGCUAUGUGGACCUUUGUUAAAUCAAUAACAAGACCAUACAGACCUGCGCUGCAUAUCAACAAAUGAUUUACUAUAAGCCCUUUUACACUGCCUCUUCAAGAUGGGAAUUUUGGGCCAUUAAGCCGCCAAGCUGCCUCGCCGAUCUGUAUAAAAGGUUUAAUCACGGAAUGGAGGGAUAAAGUUGUCUCGCCUUUAAGUCAGCAUUGGAGGUAUUAACAGCGCCAAAACGACAUCUGUAUAAAAGGGAUGGCCAGCAGGACGGUAUCAUGGUUGGCACGGAUGUGAUGUAUUGCAACAUCUAAUGUGUACCAGGAGAUUUAAAAAAUAGCUGAUAGCAGCUAGCAGACAACUCAAAGAAGUAGAACAGUGGCCGAAAAUGUCUGCAAUUUGGGAAACAAUGAGGUCUGGGUGGUUCUUACCCUCAAAGCAGAGAACAAGAUCAACAACCAUAUAACAGGGAUGAUAAAUGCCAUGUCAAUGUCAUUGUUAUUGUUUAGAAAGCACUGCUGAUGCACGUGUGAUAUGUCACACUCCAUGAUGCUGAUAUGCUGUCUAAAAUCAUACACUAGAGCGAUGCUGCCGUUGUUUGGUUCUGUAUAAAAAUGGCAUAAAUAAAGGGCUUUGUGGCGGCCCUUUAGUACAAUCUCUGCGUAAAAUGGGCUACUGUGUGUUCAAGGUGAGAAUUUCCUGCUGGGGGACAGAGUUGUUUUGCCUUUAAGCUGGCAUCAGAGGUAGUAACAGCGCCACAACGACAGCUGUAUAUAAGGGACAGCCAGCAGGAUGGGUUCAUGGAUGGCCAUGGGUGUGACCUUUUGACGAUGUCUUAUUCGUGCAACCCACCAGCUACCAGCAGUUAGCAGCUAACUCAAAGAAGAAGAACAGCUGCCAAAAAUGCCUGCUAAAAUAAGGAGAUUCAAGAGCCCCUUACCCUCUGAGCAGAGGACCAGAUUAGCCACCAUAUAACAGGAAUGAUAGAUGAUUGUUUUUGACUUGUUAUGUCAUUGCUAUCAGCGGCUCUAUAGCGUGAUCCAUACGUUAAAUGGGCUCAUGACUUCUGCUAUCACCAUUUCUUUUCCUUCCCACCCACUAACAAACAAAUACAUCACAGUUAUCAUCUCCCUCUAACAAGGUAUUCUGUGCUGACAGUUAAAGUAUACAUCCACACCAAAGUAUACAUUAUACGCUGCUCUCGUCAGCCUUUAUGGCUCCUGCAGCUUUUUCUCUGCUGAAUUUAUGGCACAGGAAUGUUGCUCCUCACCGAUGGCUGCUGGUACAUCUUCCAUAUUCUUUUCCCAUCCGCUCUUCCCUCCACUGUGGCUUCUCACUAAAAUAAACCUAAAUGGAGCCUUAAGACAAUGUUUACCUCCCAGAGGCUGUGUGCUGUGACUUACUGGUCUGUACUUAGUGGUUCUGGGACGUGUGAAGGGGACAAUCAGUGGCUAGCGUCCUGAAAAAAAUCAAUCAGCGGGUAACAUCAAGAGUUUUGACCCUCAAUCAUAUUCUGGUGGGUUUCUUAUGUAAUAUAUAUGCAACAAUUCAUAGGUGUGGAUUCUGAAGAGGGUGCAAGGGACAAGUCCCCUUCAGUCUUUAGAACAUGUAGAACAUUUUGUCCCCCUGAUAAAAAUAUGAAAGUAGCAGAGGACUUUUUGGACAUAAAUAAAGAGGUUUACACCAUAAAUUGAUGCAGAAAAGGCACAAAUUGAUGCAUAAAAGAAUGAACCAGACAGCAGGAUUUUAAAGUGUUUGAUGCUCAAACUUUUCUGGCAAAGGACCCCUGAAACCCCCCGUUUCAUAUGUCCUCUCCAAAGUUGAAACGAAGCCUACACCCUUGCAACUAUUAAAUGCUGCACAUCAAAAUAUUCUCUUCCUUUUCUUCUGUGUUGGAACAAUUAUUUAAAUCAGCUGCUGCAGAAAAGCAGAUUUUUGUUUUUGAUCAUUUCUCUAACUAAAACCCACGGGUGCUAAUGAGAGGAUUCAACAUAAAACUAUAACAUCAGUAGUCCCACAGCCCUGAGGGUCUUAAGUGGAAAAACCCCUGUUCCAAAUCCAAGCUUAUAUUCAGCGUUAAAAAAAGAAGUCAACAUUUUGUGGCUGAAACCUGACACUUUAUGGGCUGUGGUGUUGGUGAGCAAAGAGGGUGAGGAGAUAGAAAGCCGGGUGUCAGUGCCUACCUUCACUACUGAGCUGCACAUCCCUCUGGACUGCUGGUCUACCAGCUGGGAAUUCACUUCAAGAAGGUAAGACGAAUCUGAUGAUGAUAUUAGCUGUUUAAUAUCUGUUGCCUUGGCACAUUAAAUGCACGUGUGAAACAUUAGCGAAGACAUCCAAGGAUAUCAAGAAAUGUGGAUACUGUUUGAUAAACAUGUAUUACUGCACUCAUCAUUCAUAAUAAAUAUAAUAGUUGCAUUUAUUUUUUGUUAUUUAGCUUUUAUCCUCAUCAGUAGUUCUGCAGUAUCUCCUGGUGAAAAUGAACAUCCUACAAGUUCUGGGUCUCCUGCAGCUGCUGGCUGUACCUGCCUUCACUCUGACACGUCCUACCGCUGACUACUGGGGAGAGUUUGGCGCCUAUGGGCCUUGCAGCCGCACCUGUGGCACGGGAGUGGCUAUGAGAACCAGGAAAUGUAUCACUUCGAGGACAGAUGGAGGACAUAACUGCUUAGGGUCUUCCAAGUCCUUCCGUAUCUGUAACACACAGGAAUGUCCGGCUGGAUCCAGAGACUUCAGGGAGGAGCAGUGCUCCCAGUUUGACAGAGUAGACUUCCAGAGCAAACGCCAGACAUGGGUGCCUUAUUAUGGAGCAACCAAUCCAUGUGAGCUGACCUGUGUCCCAAGAGGAGAGAACUUCUUCUACAGACACAGACCUGCAGUGGUGGAUGGGACAAAGUGCUACGUGGGCCGCACUGAUAUCUGUGUGGAUGGUGUCUGCAGGAUACUGACCCAGGGAGACUUUAUGGGCUUGGAUGAAGACACUAAUUCCGUACACGCUGCUGCCUCUGUUGCUGUUGCUCCCCACCCAAGAGAGACGCUCACAUAUGUCUACAAGACUGGUGUCUUUGGCCAGUGCUCUGCCGCCUGCAAUGGAGGCAUGCAGUACCGCACCGUGCAGUGUUGGGUUCAGGACCCAGCGAACCCCCGUGUGGUGGAAGAGACUUACUGCAUCACCCAGCGCCUGCAGAGGCCACAGAGCCAGCAGGCCUGCAACAUGCAUGCGUGUGCUGGUUCUGCUGGUGCUGCUAUUUCUUCUGCUCCUGCUGCUGAGUACAGCGUCUCCAGCUUCAGUGUGUGCUCUGUGACUUGUGGGGAAGGCCAGCAGACGAGGGAGGUGACCUGCGUGGGUGCGAGAGGUGAACGCCUGCCUGAGCGCGCCUGCAGUGGGCUGGCGAGACCCGCCUCUGUCCAGACCUGCCGACGACCUGCCUGCCACACAUACAUCACCUGGCAUGUGACUGACUACGGACUGUGCACUAGGAGCUGCGGUGGUGGUGUGAGGGAGAGGAGAGUGGGCUGCUUCGACACUGAUCUGAACCCUUACCCAGAGGACCAGUGUGGCCCAGCUAGCAAACCUGUCUCUGUGGAGACAUGCAAUGCUCAGCCAUGCCCCAGGGCACAAUUGGUCCCAAGUGUGCAGGACCCCAGGGCACAUGAAAACAUCAUAAGAGGAUUUGUACCUCAUGUUCCAGCAGACCCUUCAGCUUCCAGGCCACAAACAAACAUUGUAUAUGAUCCCUAUCCUGCUGCGGUCGGUCCUCACUGCACACAGUCAUACUAUGGCUGCUGUCCUGACGGCUACACCUCUGCCACGGGGCCCGGGAACGAGGGCUGCUACCAGAAUGACUGUGUUCGCACCAGGUUUGGCUGUUGUCUGGAUGGAGUGACUCCAGCUCAAGGAUUUGGAAGGAUUGGAUGUCCUGAGUUCCUGACAACUGUGCAAAACCCACCACCUCCAGCCCCUCCAUCCACCGGUGACGUAUGCUCCUUGCCUCGUGACGAAGGCCCCUGUGAUACCUGGAAGGUCCGCUUCUACUACGACUCAGGCACUAGCAAAUGUACCGAGUUCUGGUAUGGAAGCUGCCACGGCAAUGCUAAUAACUUCAUGACCCUGGAGGCAUGCCAGAGAGAGUGUGGGGUUGCAGUGAGGGAGACCUCACCUGCACCUCGCAGAGGGACCCCAAGGAGAGGGUCAUCCAGCAGUGCUUCAAGGGCCAGGGCAUAACCAUGCUCCCCAUUAAUACCUCCAAAUCAGUGCUGUCCCUAUGAAGCUAGCCACACAUUGUACGUGUAGUAUUUACAUACAGUAUAUAAAGUCACACACAGACGUGUAUUGUAAAACUUACCACACCCUACCUUUCAGUUAAACAUCAGAGUCUACAUCAUCUUGGUAGUCUCACGCUAUAACUUACAUGAUUUCAGAUUAUGGUUCUGAUUGUUACCUUUUAAAUCUUUGGUAUUUUGUUUGUGAUGCUCACUAUAUUCACUUAUAUAGUUUGCCUUUUAGAUCAGGGCUAUAAUAAAAUGAUGUCAAUGUGAUUACGAAUGUGAAAUAAUACAAAUGAUCAAUAAAUCCUCAGCUAUCUGGUAACCUUGAAAUAAAAUGGCGUGGUUAAUCUUUGUCUCCAUCUGCUCUAGCAAUGUUACCAAAAAAUGCAUUUCACCUUAAUUUGACAAUCAUUUGUAUUAAUCUAUUGGUCUGUUUUAAUAAACAAAACACAGUGGUGUGGUGUAACUCGCUGCAUUUACUCAAGCAAUGUAGUUAAAUACAGUUGGAGGUGACAGUGUGCAAAAGAUCCUUAUUUUCUGUUAGGUCUAUUUUACUUCUACGUUAUGCUUUUACUCCAUCACAUUUCAUUGUUACUACAAUAACAGUGAUGUAAUGGUAGUUGAGGAGGUGAGGAUACCACUAGUAGACGGGUAGGUUACUGAGGAGGAGUGGGUGAGAAUGGAAUGUGGUCCAUUGUUGUCAAUAAUUAACAUUCUGACUAAUGCAAUUUUGACUAGGAGAAAUG